GAGAUGUUUCAAACAGAAAAUGCAUUCAUUGAAGUUACAGCACCAAUCAAUAUCUGUGGCGAUAUUCAUGGACAAUUUGCAGAUUUAUUAAGGAUUUUUGAACUUUGUGGACGACCACCUUACGAGCGUUACUUAUUCAUGGGCGAUUAUGUGGAUCGUGGACCGCACAGUCUUGAGACAAUUUGCUUAUUAUUAUCAUUGAAAAUACGUCAUCCUGGUAAGAUAUUCUUGUUGAGAGGUAAUCACGAAUGUUCACUGGUUAAUCGAACGUACGGAUUUCAUGAUGAAUGCGAAGAGCGUUUCAAGGGUGGCGAAGCGCUAUGGGCCGAAUUUCAGGAACUCUUCAAUUGGCUACCUCUCGUCGGGAGAGUCGCGAAACGAAUAUUGUGUAUGCACGGUGGUUUAUCACCGGAACUUCAAGAUUUCGGCAGUUUUCGACAAUUAAGAAGACCUAUCGAUCCGAGUGGCGCUUGCUUAGAAACAGAUUUACUUUGGUCAGAUCCUGAUCCCGCAAUGCCAAACGAGCCAAAUGACCCCGAAUUUGGGCCAUCUUUGAGGGGUAUUUCGCACCAUUUCAGUAAGAAAGCUGUUGUUCGUAUUUGUGAACGAAUGAAACUCGAUUUCAUUGCGAGAGCACAUCAAGUUGUGCAGGUAACGAUGAUCGACAAAUAA